AUGGCGCAAAAUAGGCAUUGGGAGCAGGACAAGGAGGCGACCGUCUACAUCGGCAACAUCGACGAGCGCGCGACGUCGGCCAUGGUGUACGAGAUCAUGCUCCAGAUGGGACCCAUCCACAACAUCCACAUGCCGCGCGACCGCGUCACCCAGACGCACCAGGGUUUCGGCUUCGUCGAGUUCCGCACGCCCACCGACGCAGAGUACGCGGCCAACGUCAUGAACGGCGUCAAGCUGUACGGCAAGUCGCUUCGCGUCAACAAGGCCAGCGCAGACAAGCAGCGCGCCGCAGAGGUCGGCGCCGAGCUGUUUGUCGGAAACCUGGAUCCCAUGGUGGACGAGAAGAUCCUCUACGACACCUUCAGCCGCUUCGGUCCGCUGCUGAGCUUGCCCAAGGUCGCGAGGGAGGAGUCGGGUGCUAGCAAGGGGUUUGGUUUUGUCAGCUUUGCCGACUUUGAGAGCAGUGAUGCUGCGAUUUCGAACCUGCACGGCCAGUAUAUUCUCAGCAAGGAGGUAUCAGUGCAGUACGCCUUCAAGAAGGACGGAAAGGGAGAGAGACACGGUGAUGAGGCCGAGCGAGAGUUGGCUGCCCAGGCCAAGAAGCGCAACAUCGUCCCCGAAGCCCAGCCUGUUCCUCAAGCGUUCCUUCAACCACCGCCCGCCGCAGCUCCCGCGCCCCCAGCUGGCUUCGACCCGACUUCAAUGGGUAGGAUGCCUAUGGGUGCUCCUCCACAAGGCAUGCCAGGUGGCUUCGCUCCUCCGCAGCGCGGUCCAUCACCGUAUAACGCCGGCGCCGUUCCCCCUCCUGGAGCUCCUCCUCGCGGCUCGGGCCCUCUACCCCCAGCGCCGUCUGGCCUACCUGCCCGGCCGCCUCAAUCACAAGCCGGGUUCACCAACCCGGCCGACUUCCACCCUGGCAGCUUCCGACCUCCCUCAGGAUCCCCCGCGCCCCAAGGAUACCCGGCCGCUCCUCCACCCGGUUUUCAACCUCCUCCACAGGGUGCUCCUGGCGCUCCGGGUGCUCCUCCUCCAGGCUUCAUGCCUCCCCCUGGCUUCCAGCCGCCUCCUGGAUUCCGUCGGUGA